CGCCACGGCGUCAGUAGUGAAGUGAGCAUUAGUUUAGCGGCGAUUCGUGAUAUCACGCGGUUGUUACAUAACCCUCUCCCAUCCUCCCCUCCAUACAUAUCGGGAGAGAGGAGAGAGGACUCACUGUGCGGCCCUCUUCCGAGUCAGACCGACGGGCGGAGCGGCGGACGGCGGAGCGGACGCAGGUGGAGACUGAAGGUCACAGCGGCCGGGCGCGGAACAGUCGGCGGCGGGCGGGCGGCGCGUGUGUCGGCGAGCGGUAGUCGGAGGUCGAGCCAGCGUAGUCGGAGAUAGAGCGGCGACUGGACGGGAGGGCGAAGACUGAGGGCUGACCGUAGACAGCAGCGGGGGAGCAUCUGACGUCGCCAUGGGGCUACCGCCGAAGGAGAAGGCGCAGUUUGCGUGCACGGUGAUCGCGCUGCCUCUGUACGCGCUGACGCUGUUCUUCAACUACGCCUCCAGCAACGCCAGUCUUGGAAUCGUGCCCAAGUCUGCCGCCGACGUAUCGGACACACACGAGGUUUUCAUCACGCCCAUCGGCUGGGCCUUCGCCAUCUGGGGCAUCAUCUACACCUGGCUCGGCAUCGGACUCGUCUACGGUCUGAGCCAGCUGUGGCGGCGGACGGACGCCGGCCCCGUCUACCUGACCCCGGUCACCCUCCCUCUGUCCUUCUGGCUGCUCAUCAUCGCCAGCUUUUGCGUGAACGUUGGCUGGCUGUUCGCCUGGGGCUACGAGGAGUUGACGGCAGCCUGCGUGCUGCUGCUGCUGCUGGCGCUCUGCAACGUCCUCAGCGCUGGUCGUCCUUCACAUUCGCUACUACCGUGCCCAGUUCGCUCAGCCGCCUCCCACCCCGCGGGAGAACUGGUACGUCAAGACGUGCGUCCACAACGGUCUGGCCCUGUACACCACCUGGACCAUCAUAGCGGCGCUCAUCAACCUCGACGUGGUCAUCGUCUAUGUGGGGGAGGGCUCUAACGAGGUAGCCAGCUCGGCCAUUGCCGGUGUGUUGGCCGCUUCCAUCGUCAUCUGGCUUCUCCUCGAGAUCACCGUGCUGGAUAAGUACACGCGCUGGACCAUCACACCCGGAUUCGUGCUGGGUGGGCUCUGUCCGCCGUCUACCAGAAGAACUACGAUAUCGCCACGGGCAGCACACCCACCCUGCUGAUGAUCGCGCUGGUCACCGCCUGUGUAUCGCUGGCCGGCCGCCUCGCCACCCUGGUCUACUUCACCUACCGCGACAGCAGCUCGCGCUCCAUGAGAGUCACCUGCGCUUAGGGGCGUCGGAAGGCAGCUAGAGUCGUAAGAGGGCGUGUUGAGUCGUCAUCGGAGGGCCUUGAGUCGUCGGAGAGCGUGCGGAGUCGUUGGAGAGGGCCUGGAGUCGUUGGAGAGCGUCUGGAGUCGUUGGAGAGCGUCUGGAGUCGUUGGAGAGCGUCCUAGGCCGCGAGAGGGAGUUUAUAGUUCCCAUAGGGUGGCGGUGGAGCGUCGGAGAGGAUUCCGGGAGACACCUGACGGGCGCUUUAACUAUGGAGGCACAUGCGGAGGGGAACCCUGGGUCCCUGAGGAGGCAAGGAGUUCUCCGGGGGCGCCGGCCAGGCCCAGACAGUGUAAGGUGGACUGGAUCGUUGAGAGGGAGGAAGAGUAGGAUGAAGCGUUUUGUUAGAUCGAUGUGUGUGUUGGCUUAGCUGUACUUGGUCAGUAUCAUUGUGAACGUUUCAACUUCGUGAUAUAAUGUGGCCUUGCUAUUUAUGUGGUUAUGUAUAAUAUCGUCACAAAGGUCGUUUAGAGGCCGACGCCAAAGGAUUAUACACUCAUAUUCAC